AUGGUCACUCCAACUGUGUAUAUCCUAGGCAACGACCCUAGCACGACGCAUCGCUUAAACGCGUGCGCGUAUCAACAAUCCGCCAUCACGACCUUUGCUGGCCUCCAGUAUGUCGCCUUUUACACCUCCAAAUCCCCGUCCGGCCCUAGAUUCGUGACAAUCGCGCGUCACAAUAUUCAGAACCACUCGUCAUGGCAGUUUUUAACCUUUGAAGAUUAUGAGCAAACUACCGAUGAUGGGCACAAUACCAUAUCUAUCGGGAUUUGCGAGGGCGAUGGGACAAUCCAUGUUGCUUUUGACCACCAUUGCGAUACGCUAAAAUACCGAGUAUCACGGGUUGGUUUAGCAGGUGAUCCAAGGAAAUCAAGCUGGAAGGCCGACAAUUUUGCCCCUAUCCAAAGUCAUCUUCCUGGGAAUCUGGGAAGUAGUGGAGGCGAAGGCCUGGCGAAUGUCACUUAUCCUCGCUUCGUCCCUGCUGGAGAUCAAUUGUACUUUGAGUGUCGCAUUGGGAAAGCAGGUGCCGGUUCAGAUAUCCUGUAUCGCUACGAUUCUCGACCAGCGCGUUAUACACUCCUAGGAACAUACCUCAUCGGAGACAAAUGCAACCCAUACCCAAAUGGCCUCAGCUUUGAUCGAAAAACAAACUGCCUCCAUGUCACAUGGACAAACCGACAUUUCAUCGCCUACGAAGGAGCAGAUGAUCAGACUUCCACAGCACAUAAAGCACAAGCUGGUCCUAAUGGACCUGAGAAUAACGAAGGGCUCUAUCAUGCUUGUAGUUCAGAUGGAGGGGUGACCUGGACAAAUAGCAUCCAAGAACCUGUUGCUGUUCUUUCUUCUAAAGUAGGCUCCGGGCUCGACUCUCAGGAUGGCAGACUUCGGGUGAAAGACAUUCCUCGAGAUAGUGGAAUCAUGAAUCAAGAGGCGCAAUAUGUCGACGAUGAUGGGGGGAUUCAUGUGCUGAAUCGCGAGAAUACUAGUGGCCAAGAGAUCUGGAUGCACUAUUAUUGCUCACCUGCUGACGGUGCAUGGUCAUUCUCUGUACUGCCUCUUAUGCAUCCUUCUACGACCGGGCCACGAGGGAAGGUCCUUCACCACGCAGAAGCGGAUACGGUCUUGUUCAUUCUUCCGUCGAAUACAGAGCGGGAGCUGGUCAUUAUGCGAUCUCGAAGUAAUAUACAAGGAUCAGAUCGAGAUUUUGAGAUUAUCUGGAGGGGCGAAGGAUAUACUGGAGAGCCACUUGUGGAUGAAGAGUCAUUCUCCCAGGCUGGUUUACUUUCAAUAUUGAUACUACAUGAGGAUGCCGAUGAUAGGAAAGUCGUUGUCUUACAAUUUGACAUGAUGGAUGUGGUAUAG